UGGAAGUGCAACCACCCAGAGGCGGAGGCGCCGCGUCAUGGUCUCAUCCCAGACAUCGAGCGCUUCGACGCGCAGUUCUUCAUGAUCAACUACCGUCUCGUCAAUUCCACUGACACCAUGUACAGGAAGCUGUGUGAACAAGCCUAUCAAGCAAUUAUAGAUGCUGGAGUGUGUCCAACCGAGCUAUCGGGAAAACGCGUGGGAGUGUUCAUUGCAACCGGAGUCACUGAGACUUGCCGAAUGUUGAGCACGCAACGCUCUCGUGGAAGUGCAUUAUUGGGCGGUAGUACAAACAUGGCCGCGAACCGCAUCUCGUACUGGCUGAACGCGAAGGGUCCGUCGUACACACUGGACGCGUCUUGCUCCGGCUCGCUCGUGGCGCUCGAGAUGGCCUGCAGAGCCAUCCAGCACGGGUGCUGCGACGCUGCGCUUGUCGGCGGGGCGAGGUUAAGCCUACACCCUGCCUACUCUAUACAUUACGGCAGAUCUGUUCCUAUCAGUCCUGAUAGUAAGACGAAAUGUUAUGACGCGGACGCUAACGGCCAGACUAUAUCGGAAGCAAUCACUGCUGUCUUUCUGCAGAAAUAUAAAGAUGCAAGAAGAGUUUAUGCUGAAAUAUAUCACGUUAAGUCCAACUACGGACUGGACGACGAUGGCAGUGGAAAAUUGGGACAUUACCGGAACCCUGAAAAGCUAUGCAAGUUUCUUCGUGAAUUCUAUGAAGAAGCUGGUGUAUCACCCUCUUCUGUGGAGUAUGUUGAAGGGUUUGGAGCAGCCGUGUCAGAAAUUGACAAAGCUGAACUGCAAGCAAUAGAAGAGGUUUUCUGCAAAGAUCGAAAGGAACCAUUGCUUGUUGGAAGUGUCUCGUCCAAUAUGGGGUAUUCUCGGGAGCCAUCGGGACUGUGUGGUGUUAUUAAGUUAUUACUCGCUUACCAAAGAGGAAAAUUGGCAGCAAACUUGCACUGCGAAAACCCGAGGCUUGACAUUCCGGCGCUCCAAGAUGGCAGGAUGAAAAUUGUAACCAAACAUGAGCCCUUUCAUCGUACAUUUACAGCGCUUAAUAACUUUUCAGUAUUGGGUGUAAAUGUGCAUUUACUAUUGAAAGGACACUAUAAACAUAAGGACGUGUCCCGUUACCACAGUAAAAUCCCGUAUUUGGUGACACUAUCCGGAAGACAGGAGACUGCAGUACAGAAAAUAAUGGAAAGCAUCAAAGCAAACGAGCUGGAUCCUGAGGAGAUAGCCCUGUAUCAUUCCAUGCACAAGAAGGGUAUACAGAAGCAUAUGGCUAGAGGAUAUGGCAUAUAUGAAACAAUGGAUGAGAAAACAGUGAUGCACUGUGAGAAGGCUGAGUACUUCGACGACGCUCGCAGACCGCUGUGGUUCGUGUACAGCGGGAUGGGGUCACAGUGGCCUGGAAUGGGAAUAGAACUCAUGCGCAUACCUGUCUUUGCUGCCGCCAUAGAGCGAUGUGACAAAGUUCUAAAGCCUAAAGGAGUAGACAUAGUGAACAUUAUCACAAGCACCGAUAAAUUAGUUUUGGACAACAUACUCAAUUGCUUUGUUGGUAUCGCCGCCAUACAGAUUGGUCUGACUGAUAUUCUACGUGCUGUGGGUCUCGUUCCAGAUUACAUAAUCGGACAUAGCGUUGGAGAGCUAGGUUGCGCGUAUGCAGACGGCUGUUGUACUGCAGAGGAGAUGAUACUCAUGGCUUACAGUCGUGGUCUCGUUUCAAUAGAGACGACCUUUAUUCGGGGUGCGAUGGCUGCUGUAGGUCUUGGAUAUCAGCAGAUCUCAAAAAUUUGUCCACCGGAGAUAGAUGUAGCAUGUCACAACGGGCCCGACUCGUGCACAAUCUCUGGUCCGGAGGAUGUGGUACAUAAGUUUGUGUCGCAACUGACUGAACAAGGCAUCUUCGCUAAAGCAGUCAAGUGCUCGAACAUUGCCUACCAUUCACGUUACAUUAGCAAAGCUGGUACUAAGUUACAGCAAUAUUUGAGUGAAAUUGUAGAACCCAAAUUGAGAAGCGAGCGCUGGUUGUCCACAUCUGUGGACCGUGAUAGGUGGCAUGAAGCUGCUGCGAAAUAUUCUUCAGCAGAAUAUCACACUAAUAACUUGCUGCGUCCGGUGUUGUUCGAGGAGACAUCCCGACUGAUUCCCAACAACGCGGUGCUGGUGGAGGUGGCGCCGCACGGGCUGCUGCAGGCCAUCCUCAAGCGCUCGCUGCCGCGCGCGUGCCGCCACGUGCCGCUCACGCGCCGCGCGCACCCCCAGCCCGCGCGCCUGCUGCUCGACGCGCUCGGCACGCUCUACAUGGCAGGCUUCGACUUGGACGUUAGCGCUCUGUAUCCGAAAAUCGACUUUCCAGUCGCAACACAAACACGACAGCUUUCUCAUUUAGUCGAAUGGGUUCACACGGAGGAAUGGAACGUACUACUCUAUGAGGCAAUUGAUCAAACCUAUACAGCAAUAUACCAACCAAAACUGACGGUCAAUGAAGACGACUUCAAAUUCUUAGAAGGAUCGAUCAUUGAAGGCAAGAAAGUAUUCCCAUUGGCUGGAGCGCUAGUAUUUGUCUGGGACACUCUGACGAUGAUAACAGAGAUGCCAUUGCGUGAAACGUCAAUAGAGUUCCACAACCUGACAGUCCAUAAGCAGCCGCUGUUGAACGAUACACGAAUGCUAAGGCUGGUGGUCAUGCUGCAACGAGGAAGUGGACAGUUUGAAGUCACACAUGAAGGAAAUCCGGUGGUCGAAGGAAAAAUCGUGGCAGUCAAAACAAACUACAGAGCUCCUUCGAUUGACAUCGUAGAUGAAAUGACGCUGAACAGUACGGAUAUCUACAAACUUCUUUAUGAAAGAGGUUUUGAAUACAGGUAA